AUGGACAUUUACCUCGAUUCUCCUCCUAAAUAUCGGGCCCAAGACCCUCUCAUAACUGCAGCGCUGUCGGAAUGCAAUGAGCCGGUGAUCCUGCACAUCUUUCGCUACGACGACCACAAUUACGGCAUCUUCUCAGGGGAUCGCUCUUUGAAAUUGCAUGCUCAAUUCCAUCUCCAGAGUCUCCCAAAGCCAGCGUUGAUUGUUUACGAAAGUGGGACUAAUGCGCCCGAUCAAGAAUUGGCCCGUUGUGAAUUCACCGAAACCGGCCUCAAUGAUACUGGCUACGCAAAGAGCCCGGGUGGCAAGCUUAGUACUUUGUGGUGGGCUGAUAAGCAUCAAAAUACACCAGUUUCUAUCCAAUACCGAUUUACAGCGUUGGUGUAUUUCCCCCCACAUGGAAGUGGUAGUUUGUCCAACGCCAGCGGACCCCGACUCUUCAUCUGGAAACGUACAUCUAGGCUGAUGCUAGUGGAUGAAGAGACAGAUACAGUGGCUGCCAUAGUCCAUGAUAUUCCGACCGUCUCAACUAAAUGCGGGACACUUCAAAUCCAAGUGCCUUUCGGUGAAAACUUUUGCCUUUCAGCUUUGACCACUUUUCUUACAUUUCGCGAGAAGCUACAGAAGGAUUCUAAGCGUUGA